AUGGCUACAGGUACAUCACCGUCUGCUGUAGAAGAAGCGUUACGAACAACAGAUGAAAAGGCUAAUUUUCAGCGGUUGACACGGCUUCUGAUGCGUGGAGGACUCGCACUUUUAAGAGAAGUGUUUGACGCCAUCCAUCCACCAGCUAAUCUUCCAGCUGUGCUUGGUAACCCUGCCGUAAAGAAGCAGCUGCAAACACUGAGAAGAAACAGAGUCCUCAGCCAACCCGAAUGGGACUGCCUUUACAACCCAAUUGGACCAGGAAGGCAUGGAAAGUCAGUGGAUUUUGAUAUCAGUUUACUUUGUAAAUUGCUUAGAUCAAUAUGCAACCUCACUGCUCCGGUGACUGGAUGGGACAAUUUGCCUAUCAUCUCAGAUCAUAGCCGUGAGGCAGACUUGGUCAGAAUUAAGUAUUAUCGCAAUGAAAUUUACGGUCACAGCCCCAAUAUGGAGAUAACCUAUACUGAGUUUCAGAGGCUUUGGAUGGAAAUCAGUGGGGCCCUAUUGAGAAUUGCCGGCGGGAUAAGUAGUGCAAAGAGGGAUGAGUGGAAGAAGUCCAUCGAAUACUUUUUCCAUGAACCACUAACACCAGAUGCACAAGAAAAUGUCUUACAACUUCGGUUAUGGUACAAACACGACAUGGAGACUAAAGUCAAAGUAGAAGAGCUGACGGAAGAGGUGAAGCAGAUUAAAAUUAAACAAGAGCAAAUGCACAUUGAUAUACUCAUGCUUGUUGACUCGUUUAAAGCAAGUGGGUCUUUUGUCCGCCCAUUGACCAUUGCAGCCCAACAAGUGCAAGGUGCCGGAUUGCAAUCUAAACUAAGUGAGGAGACACGAACACCCAUACUCCCAGAGGAGCCAUCAGUAGAAGACACUCCAACAGGUCCAUUCUCUCCAUCUACAAGCACGGAGCUUCAAGGAAGUCAGCAGAAUCGUCCAAAAGUUCUUGACUUCUGGUAUGUUGUGUAUUCAUUCAAGAAAUCGUUAGAUGUAUUGCUUGAAUAUCUGAAAUUAAAGCUUGGAGUUGACGUUAAGGCUACAGACUAGGCAGCUUGGUCAAAACAGUUUUUUGCAGUUCAUUAGAGGUCCUCGAGGCAUUGUGGAAGGAUUACCGCACAGGGCAUCUUAAUGAAGUGGUUCAAGUUACGCUUGUAAGAGCAGAGGUUCUGAAAGAGCUUGACCUCAAGGAGGUGACACUGAGAACCAUUAUUUCAGAGGAAGACUCCUUAUCAUACAAAAAUUAUUUCAACAACAGACCAGGUAAUAAGAUAUAAUACAAUAAUUUUCUCAGAAAGAAAAAUGCUACUAUGAAAUUUGUGGGUUGGACAAUUUUGGAGCCCGCGCGCGCUGAGCUGUUAACCAAACAAUCAAAAACAUGAAGCACAGGAACAAAAUGAGACUAAACAAGAAAUCGGCAAUAAUUUGCUUUACUUAUUUAUAUUACUAGAUUUUCAUAGAAUUUAUUAACUAUAGUAGUAUUAAGUCCUGACGGAGGGAAUUCUCUUAAUACAGAGAAUAAAAAGACUGGUACCGCGGUAAGAAAAAAAAAACCAAGGCAAUAAGCGCAAUUAACACAAGCUUUCAGCUCAACAUCAAAACAACGUAUAUUCAGCUUUUGCAGACAAGCUACCAGGAAAGAUUUACCCUAGAAAAUCACCAAGGUUUUUAUUUGCAAAAAAAAAGACUUUAUUCUUUCUCUUUGGACGCCAUGAACCACUGGUUCUCUUUAUUUUACCAGAUGCUUGACACGUCUAUAAUCAGUUGAAAUAUUUUGGAAGGUAAAAGGAAACAUUCAGUGAUGCGCUCGUUUUGUACCCGUACGUAGAGCAUUCAAAACACGAAGGACGCCAUAAACUGGCACUGCCGGCUCGUAUAGUAGGUGUAUUGAUGGGUUUUAAUAUGGUAGUUUACUUUUUAUGCCCUUCUCAUUCUUUUAGGUCAAACAAAAAGACGACGCCCCCAAGACCCAACCGCUUCAAGCCUAACCCUGCUGCUGGUAAGGUAUAUGUUAAGGUGAAAUAUUUAUUUGGUUUAAAUUUUAUUUUACUUUGUUUGUAGGUGAUGGUAACGCUGAUAAUAAGCUUAAAAACAAUUAAGUAAAAUAAUUUAAACCAAGGGUAUAUAAAAACUGCAUUACCCGAAGCGCUGGUGGGAUCCGAGAAGCCAUGCCUGGAAUGUGGCUAAAAACCAGUGGGAAGAUUAGCCAAACAAUCUAAAAAUAUUCCUUGAGUAGCGGUUUACCAUCACAAAUUUCUUCAAGUUUUGAAGUGACCGUAACUGUACUGAUGAGGUGACAGAAGGCAAACGCUCUACCGUAAUGCCAAAAACAUUUUGGUGUGCACAGAAAGUAAUAUUUUCCCCAGGGGUAACCCCGCCAAAACCAAAAACAACUCUAAGAUCUUACCGGAUUUAAUGGAAGGAAGGAGUGCUUCAUUGCAGGUAGGAAGUGGAAGAAGAAGGGGUGAUGCUCAGCUCGAUAUACCAAGUCAACAUAUGCACUGUUGUGUCCUAUUAUUGUGUGAAGAUUAUUGUUUUAUUGUGUAAAGGCUAGGGAUCAUUGUUAUGUUCUUUGUGACGAAACUCGUCACAAACUUGUUCAUACCAAAAAAUGUCAUUUUCCACAUCCGUUUUCAGGCCUGGAGGUGGUCUCAAAACGCAAGUUACAUCAUGUUUCCCGUGACAAAAUAAUCAGGUGUUAAUGUUUACAUAAUACAGAAACUUUGCAUCAUUGCAACGAAAAGAUUUCUUAAAAUACAUUUUGAAGUCGCAUAUUACACUCUCUUUUACUUUUAAACUCCUCGGCUCGUAGAACUUUACCUUCCUUAAGGAACCACAAAAUAGUUAGUCAAAGGUCGACAAAGGUUUAAGAGAUACCGUAACCUUAUUUUAAUGAUAUUCCUUCAUAUCUGUUAGGUAAAGCGAAAAGUAAGCUUUCCCAGGAGAAUUUGUAUCUCGGCUUACUGCAGGUAAAACCCACCUGUCUUUUUCUUUUUACUCAUCGGCUUGUGUGUGGGAAAAGUGAUUAUCCUAGUGUGUGAAAUUUUCAGGCAAGUCACAGCCAUGCGCGUGAAGCGUUAUAGUGAUCGCUUGGUUUUGAUUUCCCUUUCAUCCACUUUAGGUAGAGCGAGAAUGAACCCGGGUCCGCAGACAAUUGCAAAGGAUGCGUCACUUAAGCAAGUUGCUUACUAUACGCGUGCUAGAGGUAAGAUGUACACCUUAUCAUGAUCGUAUGGGAUUUUUACAUAAUAGGCUGAUUUAGCAACAGAAAGGGAACGUCAGUUGACGAAAGCGCGCGCAAAUCAAGCAACUGGCUUGAUCAAUCGCAGAGCGGCAAAUUGAACACCGGAAGUAGCGUUUAGUCCUUUCCGCGCGCUUUCCCGUCGUCAACUGACGUUUCCGUUCUGUUGCUAAAUCAGCCUAAUGUUAGCCUGAGAAAACAGCCGACAUUUCGCAACGCCACCACUAGUUUUCCCGCAAAAUGACGUCUGAGAAACGAGCGCAGAAAUUCCAUACUGAUGACGCGUCACUACCCAGGUUUCGGUAGUGCUCUGAUUGGUCGUGCCGCAAGGGAAAUUUGCUUCAGCUAAUCAUAAAUGGUAAUAUGGGUGGGAGGAAAGGAAAAUAUCCUAGACAGUUACUUAACCAUUCAAAUACUUACACAGCAAUGUUUCUGCUGUGCUUUAAGUUAAAUAUCCUUUUCAGUAAAAAAAAAAAAAAAUUAAAAUAACACUCAAUGCAUCCUCAUUUCUUCGCAAAAAUUAACAGUUGCCUUUUAACAGGAGUUUGUUAUCAAAUUGUGACAUUAAAUCGCUAGAAAUACCUUAAAUUCACCUUCACGAAUUUAAGAGACCGCGAAAGUGCACUCGCCGAUGCACAAAUUGGCUAUUUAAACGGCAGGAGAAAGGGGAGACCCCGCAUCCAUUUGAAAGAUUGUUUUUGAUUAGCUGGGAAAACAAUAGGGAUUGCCACAUAACAAUGCCCCUAUACCUGAAAACAAUGGAAGUGCAAAUUAAAGGUGAACAAUGAAAUGAGAGGUUUAGAAUUGUGCAGGUCUACUGCGAGAAAGACACCAACUCACAGUCUAUGUUUCCCAAAAAACACACUCAAAUUCAAAUAUACUUCAACAUUUUUCUGUACUAGUCCGGCAGGCCCCUAGCAGGUGGAGGGACAUGAGGGAGGGGGUUGGGUGGCUCGCGCCACCAAGAAAGUUUGGAAGUUAAAAAACGUGUCAAAAAUGUAUAACUGAAACAUAUCACAGUGUACAUGGACGUAUUCGUCCUCAAACUGUGGUCUAGCUGUGUUUGAGAGAAGCCUCAAAGUUUCACGUAAUACAUGUCCUAUUGAUCACAAAAGUGGAUUUAAACAAACCUACACGAUUGAGCAUGCCAAGUGUAAUUUAACCAAUAAAAGUUUGACAACAGAACUUAAGGGUUAAACUAAACCAAAACAGAAAUUCUCAUUUAGGUAAAACUCAAAGUGAGCUAUAAUCCCAAGAAUGGCUACUUCAAGAAUCAACACUCAAAUUUAACUAAAAUUAAAGACGAUAACACUCAAAACCCUUUCAAACACCAAAGUAGGGAAGUGUGGAUUAACCUUGAACUACAAACCUUUUCAUAACAACACUUUUGCACGAGAACUCGAGAACUCGAGAGAGUGAGAACUCGAGCACAAACAAAAAAUCAACCAAAAAAGGCACGACAUGAAUGAUUAAAACAAUGCACAAACUACUUAACAACACUCCUCCCCAUGACACAAAAGGGUACAAAAAUAAAAAUAUAUUUUUCAUGUUAUAGGGUCCAUUAUAAAGAUCGCAGAGCAAAUAACAAAGAAGGGUCAAAAGUUGAACUAGCAUGCAAGAUUGAGAGAGCAAGCAAGAGGUUCAUGUAUCAGUGGUAUAAAGAUAGUGUUGCCAUGGAUGGGAAGAACGAGACCGUUCUUGUUCUGGAUCCAGUUGAGCUGCGGGAUUUUGGGUCUUACGUGUGUCAUGUGAGCGAUAAGAAUUCAAAUGACGAAGGCGAAGAUUCAAACACUGCAAGACUUGACGUCAUCCCUCAGCCGGGUCGAAAUGGAAUGCGACCGAAACUUCUGACAGAGUUAGACUACGAAAUGAGGGAUGAUUUGGCAUCGCUAUUGGAAAUCAAGAAUCCCAGGCUCAGGGGCUGGAGAGCAAUUGGUUCUAAAUACGGUCUCACACAUUACAAGCUAAGGCUUAUGGCUAAAAACGUCUUGGAAUAUUUGGCAACACGCGAACCAGAAUUGACGGUGUAUGAUUUUUGUAAAACACUUAAAGACAGCUUUAAGAGGCUGGAUAUUGUAGCGAAACUAGAGAAUCACUUCUUAGUCGCGAUCAGUGAAGAAGAUGGGAGGUGA